AUGCAGACGUCGUCGUCCAAGAGCGCCAGAAGAAAAACCCUCUUCGGUGGCGCCCUGUCGCUCAAUCCUCUGGCCGCCCUGACCCCCAUCCACGAUGCCGAUGCCCCCAAAGAGAAGGCCGCCCCCAAGACGCUGCAGAAGCGCCGCGCCAGCUCUUUCCUUGACGUCUCGCGCACCUCUAGCCCCUUCGGCCCCGACACUUAUUCGCCCAGGUCGCCCGCGCCCUCGGCCUCUCCUGUGCCAUCGCCCAUAGACACGAGGGGCGCCCGUAUUCGCAAUGUGCCCAGGAUUUCCUCCUGGGUGUCAGCCCGCUCCCAGUCCGUGUCGGACGACCCGGACGACGAGCCGCUGAGCGCCGUGUCGAGCAAGGCGCCCUCGGUCAAUUGGGGAGAAUUGCACGAUGUCGGCUUGCGCUCGCGCAAUGUGCUCCUGCAUGGCGAGGUGCAGACCAGCAGCACCCUCUUCCGCAAGAAGAAGGAAUACCUGGUUCUGACCGAGACCCACAUCGUCCGGUUCAAGAGCCUGCAAAAAGCCGGCGAAACCUUUACUGAACUGCUCUCUCCUUUGCACCGAAGCUCGUCCUUCAACCGCAGGCACAGUCAAAAUCCUUCCUUCGGCUCCGCUCAGGAUUUCCAAUCCUUCGUAUCAGACCAUUCCGGUGAUCGAAACGUGGGAACCCCGCUUCGCCAGAUCAUCGCCGUCUACCAGCUCGUCGAUGAUCGGCCAUAUUUCGCUUUCGAAAUAUCGUACAUUGAGGAAGAGAGCAACAAUGCCUACUCUAUGACGCUACAAUUCGGCUCUCCGGAUGAAAUGCGCACGUGGCUCAAGUCCAUUCGGGUCGCCGCCAACCGCGUGCGGCACCUGGACGGAUAUCCCAUCUCCGAACAAAACAUCCGACUUGCCGCGAGGAUCGUUGAGCGCGAAGGAGAUUACGACCCGAACAAUUUCGCUCUGUACAAGGUCAUCCAGCGGCCCAUGGGCCAUUCCAAGGCGGCAUCGUCGUCGACGGACGACCUCACCAAGGUCACGUCCAGUGUGUGUUUCCUUGCCGUCGGGAUCCACAAGGUCCAUUUGAUCCCGGUCUUCAAGGCGCGGCAGCGCUCUUCAAGCCCCAAUUUACUUUCGUAUCCUCAUGAGGUGUCGUUUGGACUCUUGACUCUCACGUCGGUACGGCUGAGCGACAGCGAUGAUACGUUUGAACUCGUGUUUAGGAUGCCAAUGCAAAAGCCGAAGACGCUUCUCAUGGCUUCUCUUGCAGCCGGAGAUAUUGCGACGCGCCUUCACCACGUCGACCAUUUCUUGCGCCCCGAAUGGGAUCCUCGCCCUUACAUUUUCCUGGUUCCUGAGGCGGUCAAAGCACAGAUCAACGCCAGUUUGACGCCUCAGACCGUUGAUGAGAUGUCGUUGGAUCGAACACUGUGUGCGUAUUGUAUUGCUUACAACGUUCCGCCCAACAUUAUACGUUACCAGGUUACGUAUCCGAACGAAGAUUGGCCACACUUCCAGCUCUUGCCGCCUGAUAAUCCGCGAAGGCCUGUAUAUGGGCCGUUGGAGCUCCUUGCAGUCAUGCGAGCUCUUCGCUACAACGAGACUUUCGGUACGAUUUCCUUUGCGGGGAUUCAACUGGACGUCCUCAACGAGCUGUACGAUAGGUUCGGCGCCGACCACGUGUGCACGAGGACCAAGCGGGGCACUCCAAUCAACCUGGCCGUGGAGGACCUGGAGAGAUCUUGCCUCCUGGUGCAGGAGAUCAGAGCGCUUGCCGUUACGAGUAGGAAAGUCCGCCGAAUGGAUUUCACCUCUUGCAUUUCCCGGCAGCCCGCAGAUUACGUGGACGAAAGUAAAUCAAAAGACAUCGGAUGCGGCAUCGUCGAAGCACUGUUCCCGCUGUGCAAGUACCAGACAACGAACGUCGAUUGGAUUGUACUGAACAACAUACAGCUAGGCGAGACGGACUUGGAUUACUUGAUCGCUGCUGCUGCGGAGAAGAUGUGUCACUUCCGUGGCCUUGAGAUGCGACGGUGCGGCCUGAAUGAGAGAAAAAUGUCACUGGUGUUGGAUGCACUGCGCACUCAGGAGAACACGCUCGAAGCCAUCGACAUCUCGGGCAAUCCGGCACGCUUGGUCCCAGCCAUUUUCGAGCCCCAGCUGAGCGUUUUCGGCUACAUCCGCAUCUUGAACCUCUGCAACGUCGCGCACACAGCCGGUCCCGAGCCGUUGGUCAAAGCCGAUACCUUGCUCGCGUGGCGGCUGCAUGCGCUCAACUUAAGCGGUACUGUUUUGAACAAUGAGACAGUAGAUGCUAUAUCCAUAUACUUGGCGAGCCCUCAGUCAAGUUCACUACGGGAGUUGCGAGUGGACCACACUGGCCUCACUGGCAGACAGAUCGCCCAGUUGAUGUUCUCCAUGACCAGUCGUCCUAGUUCCUCUCGAGAUCUCCUGAUGGAUGUCAGCCAAAACCGUAUCGAAACCUUCCACGACGAGUUUUGUGCCGCGAUUUCCCAGAACUAUGCCCCAACGCAGCUCAUCAUCACGCUUGUGGACUACGAGGAGGAAUCCAACUUCGCACAGCUGAUCCUGGCGAUUGCGAAGAACAAAACAAUCAGGCAGCUCGACAUCACCAAAGUUUCCCUGCCGAAUGACGCCUCGGAGCAGACUUGCCAAGCGCUUGAACGGAUGUUCACUGAAAAUGACACCCUCGUCAGCUUGGACAUGUCCGGUGAGAACUCGAAGCUUGAGAUCGCCAAAUUGGGCGUUGGGAUCAAUAAAGCCUUAUGCGGGCUGCAGCACAACAAGUCCCUACAAGUACUGCACAUUCAGAACCAGAACCUUGGAUUGCAAGGAGCAAGCACGCUGGCAGAUGUGCUCAAGGUCAACCAGACUCUGACGGAAGUUCACUGCGAGAACAACGGGAUCCCUCUUCAAGGGUUUACGGAUCUGGUGAAUUCGCUGCAUUACAACACGACGGUGCGAUGGCUACCGCCCAUGAUUGAAAGCCGGCAAGAAACUCUUCGUCAGACCGAGAUGGCUGUUAAGAACAUGCGGGCCGACACUUCCCAUCACGACAAGUCAAAGACGUCAUCACUUCGCAACAAGGUCGCCAUUAGAAUGGGGAAGCAUCCAGUUGAGCGGCAUGCCCCUCAACAACUGUCGGAACAAGAUGUGCAAGCAGCCUUGCGGUUGGUUGAGGAAAGUUGGGAUAGACAAGCGCAUCGUCUUGGCUUAUAUCUUCAGCGGAAUUCCAACCUCGCUGCGGGCAUUGACACGCCGCUGGAAGUCGAGGAAGAGCAAUUCGAGAGACCCUACGAACGGCCAAUGAGUAUGGGCAGGAUUCUCGAACAAGUGCAGAUCGAACGCACGCCUACUGUUGAGAAAGAUAUGAUGUUCGAGCCCGAUGCGCUCAGCAUCGAUACAACAAGAUCGAUGACCACUACGCGCCAACAAAAUCACCGACUCAGUCAGGAGGACUGGCCUCAGAGUCAUGGGCAGAGCUUUGAGCACGACCAGACUUGGUUCGCAUCUCGACCAGGCAGUGCAAGGACCAUGGAUGGCAACGAACCAUCGGAAAGAAGGGACACUCUGGGGCAAGAGUCUGACUACGAUGCUGUCACAGUGGCGUUGGCGAAGGAACUGGACGUGUCUUUGGAAGAUGCGCAGACACUCAUCGAUACCGACUUCGCAUCGCGGCUUGCACACAUGAGCCCAGUGGGCUCGCCGACUUCUCCCACGUUUCCCCCUGCAUCUCCAACGACACCGAGAGCGCUUCCGAUACGAACCGGAAGGACGCAGCAGUGA